UCCAAACCCUCUCUCUCUUUCCCCCAAACUGUGCCGCCGAUGGAGUCUGACGGCGAGGAGGAGGCGGCGCCGACGCCGGGGACGGCCGCGGCGGCGCCGGCGGCGGGGCGGCUGAAGGGCUGCCCGGAGCUGUCGGUGGAGGGCGACAUGCGGGAGAUGGCCAAGACGGCCGCCUGGAGCGUCAGCUCCUGCAAGCCCGGCAACGGCGUCGCCUCCCUCCGCGACGACAGCCUCGACACCUACUGGCAGUCGGACGGCGCGCAGCCGCACCUGGUCAACAUCCAGUUCCAGAAGAAGGUGCAGCUGCAGCUUGUUGUGCUCUACGUGGAUUUCAAGCUGGACGAGAGCUACACGCCCAGCAAGAUCUCCAUCCGGGCCGGCGACGGCUUCCACAAUCUCAAGGAAAUUAAAACGGUGGACCUUUUGAAGCCAGUAGGAUGGGUUCAUAUAUCAUUAUCUGGCACUGAUCCCCGAGAAACAUUCAUUCAUACAUUUAUGCUCCAAAUUGCGGUGCUGGCCAAUCACCUGAACGGGAGGGACACCCAUGUCCGGCAGAUCAAGAUAUACGGGCCACGACCGAACCCCGUUCCCCACCAGCCUUUCCACUUCACCUCCAGGGAAUGCAUCAUGUACUCGACCAUCAGGUGAUGGUUGGUGAACCCUAGUCGCGUGGGAUCCUCCAUCUCGGUCGGAGCCAAGGUGGCCUGCUGCGCGCUUCGGUCGGUCGUCCGUGGCGAAUGCCGACGUGGAUUAAGUAGACUAGUCACUGAAGUACCCAGCAUGUGUGAGCAUGUACUGUCGAUCAAGUUGCUGCUGAAGCAUUAGGCUGUCUCUGUGAACAUCUAACAUGUACUAAUUCAUGUUGUAUUCCAUUUCCAUCCAUGUAUUCUAGGUAGUACAUCUUUUUCCUCCAUUUAAUGUAACGUUUCACUAUUUCUGGAAUGGAUUGGAAGUUUCUCCUGGUAUAUUUA